AUGGUGGUCCCACCAUCUACUGGAGCAAAUACUGCCCAGCAGCAGCAGCAGUCACAGCAGCCAUUGGCCACCCGGUCCUCCACACGCACAUCGAACUCGAAUAAUAGCCAGUCUUACAAUGCCAAUGUUCCCUUGAGUGCUCGAAGGGCCGCGCCCCUCGAUCUGUCCACGGUAGAGCGACGGGGUCAUCCAACUGCCAGCAGAGAACCAGUGAAGCGUGUGCGACCCCACGGUCUACAGGAAGCUCCAACUUUUCGUCCUACCGAAGAAGAAUUUAAAGACCCCUUCGAAUAUAUCCGUAAGAUUGCGCCAGAAGGAAAGAAAUACGGUAUCUGCAAAAUUGUGCCUCCUGACAACUGGUCUCCACCGUUUGCUAUUGAUACAGAGCGAUUCCACUUUCGCACUCGUCGCCAGGAGUUGAACUCGGUUGAAGGAGGCACCCGAGCGAACCUCAACUACCUCGACCAACUAACAAAAUUCCAUAAACAACAUGGAAUGAAUCUGAGCCGUUUUCCCAGCGUCGACAAGCGCCCCCUUGACCUCUACAAACUUAAAAAGGCCGUUGAUAUUCGCGGUGGCUUUGAACAAGUCUGUAAGCUGAAAAAAUGGGCGGAAAUUGGUCGAGAUCUGGGAUAUAGUGGCAAAAUUAUGUCGUCGUUAUCAACCUCCCUUAAGAAUUCGUAUCAACGCUGGCUUCACCCAUACGAGGAAUAUCUUCGCGUAGCUAAACCCAGUGUCCAGCAACAGCUGGAAUCUGAACAUGGCGGGCCAUACACUCCAUCCCCCGGAACCUCACCGGCAACUAAGAGGUCUCGGUCAAACAACAAUCGUGUAUCUGAAUUAAACAAGGACUCGCCAGCUGCAAAGACCUCUACCGCCCUUAACAAUUCUGUGAGAGAGACUGAGGACAGAACGGAUAAAUCUUCGACCCCUCUUGAUUGCCCGCAAGAACGGCCAAUUACAUCUUCAGGAUUUACGGCCGUUAAUUCAACUCCAGGUGGAUUUUCUGCGAUCAAUACCCCUCCGUCUUUCGUUGCGGUGAACAGUUCAGCUCCUACUGUAAAACGAGAGAUGGAGAACGGAACCCACCUUUCUAGCCUUGGAAAUGAGACUGGUACAUCGAAAAACACACCGGAUGGACAGCAAUCUGAAUCUAACUAUACGCCAAAUGUUAAUGGCCACGAUGUACGCCCUCUCAAGCGCGCUCUCAGCCAAGAAAGUCUAACAGGAAGUUCACAGACAGAUAACGGAGAUGCUGAUGGCACCAAUGGGCGGCGCAGUAAACGCCUGAAGAAAGAUGGCGUGCCAACCGUAGCUGGAUCACAUAUGAGUCUGCUACGCCCUACACCGACCCAGGGGCGAACAAGGGGUGGAAAAAGGAAGACCGGAGAGCGAUGUGAAAAUUGCGGGAAGAGUGAUGAUCGCCCAACUAUCCUAUCUUGCGACGGAUGUGAGAAUGGAUACCACAUGCGUUGUCUUGACCCACCUCUGGAAUCUGUUCCAGAUUACGACUGGCACUGCCCUAAAUGUCUUGUUGGAACUGGAGAGUAUGGCUUUGAGGAAGGAGGAAUAUACUCGCUGAAGCAGUUCCAGGAAAAAGCCAAUAGCUUCAAGGAAAGUUACUUUGGUCCAAGAAUGCCCUUUGAUCCCGUUCUCAAUGCUCCACGAAAGGAAUCCGAAGACGAUGUUGAACGCGAAUUUUGGCGGCUUGUGGAAAGUCUAACAGAAACUGUUGAAGUCGAGUACGGUGCGGAUAUUCACUCUACAACUCACGGAAGUGGUUUUCCAACUGUUGAGCGGAACCCUUUGGACCCAUAUUCUGUUGACCCAUGGAAUCUUAAUGUCAUGCCCUUGCACUCAAAAUCGCUCUUCCGUCACAUAAAGUCUGAUGUCUCUGGGAUGACCGUUCCGUGGGUAUAUGUUGGUAUGUGUUUCUCAACAUUUUGCUGGCAUAAUGAAGAUCACUACACAUAUUCGGCCAACUACCAACAUUUCGGUUCUACGAAGACAUGGUACGGGAUUCCCGGAGAUGAUGCGGAAGCUUUUGAAGAAGCUAUGCGCCAAGCCGUCCCGGAACUCUUUGAAACGCAACCCGACCUCUUGUUUCAGCUCGUUACACUGCUACCACCUGAUCAACUCAAAAAGGCUGGUGUGAAUGUGUACGCUUUAGACCAACGUGCCGGCCAAUUUGUCAUCACGUUUCCUCAGGCAUACCACGCGGGUUUUAACCAUGGAUUCAAUUUCAAUGAAGCUGUGAACUUUGCGCCGGCAGAUUGGGAGCCCCUAGGCCAAGCGGGCGUCCAGCGACUGCAAGAAUUUCGACGGCAACCUUGCUUUUCGCACGACGAACUGCUCAUCACAGCGGCGGCGAGAGAUACAACCAUCAAAACCGCCAAGUGGCUUGGUCCUGCGUUACAUCGAAUGAGCAAUCGAGAAUUAGAGCAACGUGCUGCCCUUCUCGUGCGUCAUCAGCAAGCUCACUCGCAUAAUUGUAAGAUCAGCGGUGGUGAUGAGGACUCAGACGAGUGCACACUGAACUUUCUGAUUGAGGAUACGGAUCUUCCUGAGGAAGAAUAUCAGUGCAGUUAUUGCAAAGUAUACAGUUACCUGACACAGUUUAAAUGCCAUAACAAGGGGAAGACCUUGUGUCUUCUACAUGCUGAUACGUAUGACUGCUGUGGUGAAGACUCAUCGCAGAAAUUAUUUGGCCCUAACCACACUUUGCGCUAUCGCAUGUCCGAUGAUGCCCUGCGAGCGUGUGUGCAGAAGGUGGAAGACCGAGCAAGGAUCCCCGAGGCCUGGGCCGAAAAGCUGGAUAAAGUUCUUGCGGAUGAACCGAAACCGUCGUUGAAAGCCUUACAUGCGUUACUCAGUGAGGGAGAGAAAAUCCCCUAUUUUCUUCCUGGUCUGCAGGAUCUGGCCUCGUUUGUUCAACGUUGCGACAAGUGGCUUGAUGAGGCAAAUAAUUACAUUACUCGGAAACAGCAGAAUCGACGUAAAAAUGAGAAAGCAUGGCGCAAGGUAAAUUCAACCAAGGCCGCACAGAUGGAAGAACGUGAUCGUGAGCUUCGCAAGGUGGAGAAAAUACAUGCCCUCCUUGAGGAGGCCGACAACCUUUCCUUUGAUUGUCCGCAGAUCACAUUGCUGAGGGAAAAGGUAGAUGAGAUUCAGAAAUUUCAAAGUGAUGCUCAGGCUAUUCUUUGCAACCCUCAUAUUUCCUCAACACAGGAGGUUGAGGAGCUUGUAGAUCUUGGCAGGAAUUUCAAUGUUGACAUUCCCGAAGUAGAAAAGCUCGAGAAAGCACUGAAACAGAUGAGAUGGAAUAGUGAAGCCCGACGCAAACGCGAUCAAUAUCAAACGCUUGAAGAGUGUGCUGAGUUCAUUGCGCAGGGGGAGCAGCUAGGAUUAGCUGAGUCGAACGAGCAUCUUCUUUAUUUCAAAGAGAUGCACCGCCAAGGGGAGACCUGGGAAGCUAAGGCAAAGGAACUCAUGGGGGUAGAAACUGUGCAUUAUCAACAGCUAGAAGCACUGUCGGCACAAGCGGCUCGGUUCCCGGUAACACCCGAAACUCUUACAGCGGUUGAUGCCAUCUUGACCAAGCAACGGGAAGCUCAGAGACAAAUAUCCGGAUUUUUUGACGGAAGCAGGAAUCCUGAUUUUCGGAAACGGCCACACUACAAAGACGUGCGCGAUCUGAUGGAAUCGUUGUCUGAGCUGAAUAGCAAGCCCAACGGAACUAUCGAUCUGGAAAAGGAGCAAAAGCGCCAUGAGGAUUGGAUGCGGAAAGGGAAAAAGUUGUUUGGCAAGGCUAAUGCUCCGCUGCAUAUACUUAAGAUGCAUCUCCAGUAUGUUGAGAAGAAGAACUCGUAUUGUUUUGACCUUGAGGAUAGAUGUCGGCCACCAGUUGAGCCGGCAUCGCGAGAGGCUAGUCCCGAAGGCGAUUCUCAUAAUUGGACCGGGAGUAGGUCUAAAAAGAAGGAUGUAUUUUGCAUUUGCAGACAGCAGGAGGCCGGGUUGAUGAUUGAGUGCGAACUUUGUCAUGAAUGGUACCACGGGAAAUGUUUGAAAAUUGCCAGAGGCAAAGUCAAGGAGUUCGAUAGUUAUACUUGCCCUAUUUGCGAUUGGCGGGUCAAGAUUCCUCGCGACGCCGCUCGUCCCAAAUUGGAAGAAUUGCUCGAUUGGCAGGCUGAAAUCCCUGAUCUCCCUUUCCAGCCGGAAGAAGAACAGGUGCUGGAAUCGAUUAUUGAUCAGGCAACCUCAUUCCGGGAAUUUGUGAGACCUCUUGUGAGUUCCAGUGCCUGUAUGACGGCUGAAGAGGUCCCGACACAGAUAUUUUAUCUGAGGAAGAUGGAAGGAGCGGAAGUUCUCCUUGCAUUUGAGACGAAUUAUUUCCGCCAGGAAAUUCAUAAAUGGGCCCCAGUUGCACCGGAACCUCCACCAAUCCUUGAGGUCUCGCUGUCUACUCGCAAACCACGACCCACAAAACAGCAGAAGAUGAUGGCCCAAAUGGGGAUUGAAAAGCCCGAGGAUCUCCCACUCCAUCUCAGGACUAAGCAGCACACUUUCUCCAACAAACGGAAGUCAACCGAUUCCCACGGUUCUGGUCGACCUCCACCACUACAGCCGGCACCUAUGCUCCGCUCCACCACUCCGUCAGGUGAUCCUCGAUCAGCUUCCACGGGCAAUGCACCUACUCCAACCACUACUCUCUCUGCACCACUGCCUACUUCUCAACAUUCAACCGCCUUUCCCUUUUCACAUCCAUUCCCAAUGUCUUCGAAUGACGCAAGCCCAUCAUACGCGCCUACGCCUACAUCUUCCGCCUAUCUCCCGCAGGUCAACAAUGUCCACUCCCCCUCAUUCGACCCCACCUCUCCCUCAUCUCACCACCAAGUCCUAGAUUCAUCCCUCUUCAGCCCGCCAAGCUUCACCCGUACCAACCCCCUACAUCCCCAAGGGAUGGGCAAAGACGACGAUGUUGACAUGGACGGCCACAUGGCCUUUGGCAGCAGUCCACGGGCAAAUAUGGAUGACAUUUUCGCCGAAAUGACGAACCAGGAUACGGAGCAGAUGGAGGCGCUGGAGGUUAGUCAUGCGAAUGAAGCGCUGGAGGCGCUUAGGAGCGCUAGUAAUAGUGGCGCGCGGGACUGCUCUACUUCGGAAUCUGCUGAUGACGGUGGUGGUUUCGGUCCGGAGAGCGGAGAUGGGACACUUGGUGAUGGUCAGGGGAGGGAUGGCAUGGACACAUCCAACCAUCUAGCUGAUGAAUUCUUGACUUGA